ACGUCAGAUUGCGGGGGUGACCUAGAGAAGUGCUAGUGCUGUGUAUAUGAAGUACUUAUGUUUCGCUAGCUUUCCGUUCUUCUCUUUUUGUUCGCUUCGGCUCCUUUAGGUUUUCCUUCCGUGCGUUUACUCGGAACUACUCUUCCACUCUUCGUUUAAAAUGUCUGACGUGGAAGAGUAUCGUUGUUUCAUUGGUGGCCUUGCGUGGUCAACAUCUGAUAGAAAGUUAAAGGAUACGUUUGAAAAGUUUGGCAAGCUUAUUGAGGCAAAGGUGGUUGUUGACAAGUUCUCUGGGCGUUCUCGUGGUUUUGGAUUUGUCACAUUUGAUGACAAGAAAGCAAUGGACGAGGCUAUUGAUGCUAUGAAUGGGAUGGAUUUAGACGGGCGAACUAUUACUGUUGAUAGAGCUCAGCCUCAACAAGGAUCAACUAGAGGUGAUGGUGAUCGCUACCGGGAUCGUGGUCGUGAUCGUGACCGAGAUCAUGGAGGUGGAGGUGGCCGAGGAUCUAAUGGUGGUGAAUGCUUUAAGUGUGGAAAACCUGGUCAUUUUGCUAGGGAGUGCCCUAGUGAAGGGUCCAGGGGAGGAAAGUAUGGUGGUAGGGAAAGUAGAUAUGGUGGAAGCAGUGGUGGUGGUUAUGGACCAGAUAGAGCAGAUCGUUCUUCAGGGGGGCGCAGCAGGGAUGGUGGUAGUCAUGGAGAUUCUGGAAGUGAUCGAUUUUAUCGUGAUCGUUCAGGACCAUAUGAGCGAGAGCGACGGGGAUCAGGAGGCUUUCGUUGAUAUCAUGUAGUCUUUCAAUGAGAUGUGAAAUUGAAGAGGUUGCUGUUAAUGCUUCAACUUUCCUUUUCAUUCGCACUUGACAAUGCUCUGUGGACUUCUGGGAUUGUUGUUUGGAUGGAUCAUUGAUACCAGUAUUUUGAUAUGCAAUACUCAGCACAUUAUGCAAACUCUUUAUGUUCCUAAAUGCUGAUCUUUUGGUCUUGUGAAAUCUUAUGCAUGCUUGACUUGAGGUCAAAUUCGAUGUUGUGCUCUAUGCUAUCUAUAAUUUGCUGCUGGGUAUCUUGUGAAUUGUGACUUUCAUGCAUGGGGAGUUGCAUGUGACAUAUUUGCUGCUGGAUUACCUGAUUCAGUUUAAGACCUAUUGGAAAGUUUUGUUGGUGUUGGAUGGGUGGGUUUUGGAAAGUCCAAGAUGGAGGUCCAAAUGUGGAGUUUUGCUUCUUCUCGUUGGGAGAAGGAAGUUUUAAAAGUAGAAUGCCCAUUUGGCUAUUAUCCCGUCUCAGGAUCUUUGAGUAAAAAGUAGUCAAGCGGGUAAAUUAUUAAAUAUUUGUCUCGUAUACCUACUUUCUUAUUUGCUAGAUAUCUGCUCUGGCCUGCUCUUUAUUAAUGUUAUUGACCUUUUGGCAGGAUGCUUGGCUAAAUGUGGUCUUUUUGGAUUCAUCAUUGGGUUCUUUUGUUGCUAACUGGACAUGCAUGGUUUUUAAAACUUAAAAAAUCUUUUCAGCUGCAAAUGGCUUACCUACAAUUGCACUCAAAUAUGCAUACCACUCUUGUUUUCUUCACGGGGGGCACUGAUUGAAGGGGUUCCAUUUUCUAUGAUUGUGGCACUUUGUUUGGGAGAUCUUGAUGCGUUGAGCAACUACGAUCCAUUGCUGUUUUUACAUUGUUGCUCUAUGUGGUGGAAGAUUGCUCUCAUCGAACAUUUUACCUGCCUGCAUGUGAUGUUUUGUUUGCUGAGAUCCAGUUUGUCCUUACCAUAGGAGAGGGAUAGUGAAAACCAAGUUUGGUCCCAAUUUUGCAUUCUCUUGAGCCUCAAGGUUGGGCUCGCUAGUAUCAGAUUUGAGAUUGCUGCCUUACUUAACCUUCUCACUAAGGUUAUGAAAGGAAAUUGGUUGUGUUUACCCUUAGAAAUUUAUAAUUCGGUUAUCAUGGUCUGUGUGCUAAAAUUUAUUAUUGUUUCUAUAUCUGUUGUCAUCAUGUUGAAUGCCAAAUUCUAUUCAAUUGUGUUCAUUCACUUUCUGUUUUGCCA